AUGGCCGCCGAACUCACCGAGAGAGAAGCUACUCGUCGACUUAUCCUUGAAGAAUUUGAGAAAGUGCAGACACAAAUCGCAGCAAAGCCGGAAUCGUGGAGAAAAUUGAGUUUUGAAGCUCACAAAAAGAUAUGUGAAUCCCUGGGAGAUGACUUCAUCAACUAUCCGGAAUUCGAAUUCUGGUUUUCAAGAUUCGCUCGAGGAGAUUUCGAAUUGGAUUAUGAUAGAAGUACCGAUCCGAAAACCCGUUCGUUCACCGAGAUGCCACUAGAUGUUUUCAAAAACGUUGGCGAAUACUUGAAGUUCGAAGAGAGAAUGCAACUCCGAAAUGUAUGCAAAGAUAUUCGAGCUCACGUCGAUAACUGGAAUCCGAAAGUGACUAAGAUUACCUAUACCGAUGCGAAUGAUUGGAAAGUCUGGCAGACGUCAAGAACUUCUGCGUUUUCUGGCAGUAAAAAAGAAAAAUUUUCUGCAGCCGAUUUCGAAACAAAUAAAAAGAACAGAUCCAGUCCUGGUUUUUCUCGGAAUCCUAUUUCCUUCCUGAUGAAUAUGCUGAAACACCCGAAACUUCAAUUGAAGGAAUUGACGAUUUAUAAAGAAGAUGACUGUUGGAAGAAAUUGAUCAGAGAACUGGACGAAUCAAAUCGGAAACUUCAUGUGAAGGAGAUUGAAUUCCACUCAACUAACCGGGAGAGUUCAUACGGAAUCGAUACACAUUAUUUUAUUCCGGGAGUGCUUGAGGAGAUCGCCUUAUUCUUAGAAAAACCAUCAUUCGAAUUAAUGAAUGAAUUUGUUGAAUCGGAUCAAUGUCAGGCUGCGAAAGAGGUGUCUAUUCGAAGUAAAGCCUGCACUUCGAAAUUUCCUCUGAAAGCUCUUUACAAUUGCCCACGAUUCUCUCUGGAACUCGGUGGAGGACCAGCAGACAGAUUGAAGUCCAAAUUCAUCAAGUACUUCAAUGAAGAAAAUACAAUGGUUCCGGAUAACCCGUUGAACCGUCGUUACCCGAUUCCGGAAACCAACGAGUUCUACGAACUCGAAUAUCGUUUUUCACGUGUUUUCCUCACCAGAAAACAAUAA